AUGAAAAAAUUUAGUACUAGUCCAAUUAAACAUACACCAAACGCAGUACAAGUAUUAUCCACGAAAGGGAAUUGGCAAAGCAAUGCUAGAAAAGCUGGUGUUGGAGUGGUAAUUCGAAAUUCAACUGGGGAGUUUCUAGGCGGCUUGGCUGCAUCACCGGUGGGUCACUCUGCUCUUGAGGUGGAGGCAGAAGCAGCAGUCAUGGGGCUGGAGUUUGCGGCCAAUCUUGGCUAUAAUGAUGUCUACUUGGAAACUGACUCAAAGACCCUUGUGGACGGGAUCAAGGGGGAUAUAAGGAACCGUGCCUGGACUAUCAGGCCUUCUAUUGAGGUUAUCUGGCUUAGAGCCGAUCAGUUCAAAAGAGUUUUUUGGCGUUGGGUUCAGAGGAGUUCAAAUCGAGCAGCUCGUGAGGCUGCAACGAUAGGUUGUCGAGCAGUGGAGCUGUGUUACUCAACCACCGUUGUCUCUCAUACAUGUUUUGGUGUCUCAUGGUCUUCCAGUUGUCUUUUGGCUUGGAAUCUAAUGCAUGGUUGACGAAAAAAAAAUUUAUGACAGGCCAAGCGAAUCCAAGACAGUCUCAAUAUUUAAUGCAGUUCAUAACAGUCUAUCAUACCAAACGGCCCCUAGAGGUUAAUGCCCCACAUUCUAACAUAGCUAUAAUGCCACUUUUUUGUUUUUACAUUUUUCUUUUGGUUCCUUUUUAUGUAAGUCAUUGCAUUUGAGAUCCAUUAGCUUUAUAUAAUAAGAUUAGUAAAUGAA